AGAUUGUCUUACUGCCUCAGCGGACUCGACAGCACCGCUCUCUCCCUGCCCUCUUCUGCAUCCCCGCAUCUUCUUGUGUGCAUUCAUUGAAACCACCAACCCUCUUCCCCUCGCCAUGCGCCUUCUCCACAAGUGCGAUCUCUUUCGAGUCGUGCAGGACAAGGAGAACCACCUCACACCUGCCACACCGUACGGCGCAGCGGUGAGCAUCGUCACCACCGUCCUCCUGGUCGUCCUCCUCCUCGGCGAGGUACACGGAUACUUCAGUGGACACAAGAACUGCCAUAUCACCCCCUCCGCCUUCAAGAACACCUUAGAGGAGGACGCACGACGGCAGGUCGACACGAUCCACUAUGCCAUUACGCUGCCCUACCUUCCCUGUCACCGUAUUACGACGGAGACGAUGACCGGCUACGGUCACGACAGAGACGCCGAGAAGGAUGCUCGCAUAAAGUACUUCCACAUCCCAUACGCGUCGACCAUCGCGAACACGUCUGCGGAGUACCUUCCAGGUGCGCUGCCAAGUGAAAGCCUUCGCGGCUGCUUCAUCAGAGGCACCACACCGCUCUCCAACGCGCACGCGUCCUUCAACGUCAUUAUCAAAGACUACGUGGUGCAGGACAGCAUGAAGCUGCACCCCGACUUUGUGGUGAACGAGUUCUACAUCGGCAAUCAGUACAGCGACUGGGGUGUGCCGCAGAUCCGUCGGCGGACGCUGCAGCCUCUCGCGGGCUUCAGAGCCCACUACGAACUGAGCGCACCCUACCUUUUUCAGUUCUACCUGCAGCUGAUUCAAACCACGGUGGACCGGCCGGGCAAGGAUGACCGCUUUGGCUACCAGUACACGGCCUACUACUCCAUGCUGCGGUACGGCGGCGCUGGCCGAGCGCCCGGGCUCUACUUCGCCUAUCAGCCCUCCUCUUACUCGAUGGACUGCGAGGUGUCCUACGACACGGUCAGUCACUUCACGGUGAAUUUGUGCGCCGUCGCGGGUGGCGUGUACACUGUGGCGGGCAUCGUCGAGGCGGGACUGGAGUGGCUUGCGCGGAGGCGGCGACUGCGAGAGGCGUCGGCCCAUAGCAAGCGCAACGCAGAGGCUCUCAUGAAGGGUCCAGCAGAGAAGUAA